UUGAGAGAGAAAACAGCUACGAGACAUAUAUAAACAAGCACACUCUACUCUAUUAAAAUGAAUUCUCCUCACGAAAAGGCGGUGCAAGCUAUCAUUUAUGGCCAUAGCUGUGCCAUGCGGUUGAAGGUGCAACUUGGCGAUCCAAUGGCUGAAAACGGAUCGGUUUCAAGUUAUGAUCUUGCUAAAUCGAUCGUUAACUGUUUUUCCAAUGCCAUCGCAAUCUUAUCCGAUAAACCAAACACUGAGGAUGAUCAAUUUUCUGAUUUAUCUUCAAGGGACUCGUCUCCUCCUCCUCCUCCUCCUCCUCCCCCUCCUCCUGCUUCCCAGAGAAGCCACUCCAAGAAAAGAAAGAUUAGUAGCACAAAUUCAAGUGAGAAAUGGAAGAACGAUUCACCGGAUCCGAUGUACCACGACGGGUUUCUUUGGAGGAAAUACGGCCAAAAGUCUAUAAAAAAAUCUGAUCACCAAAGGAGCUACUAUAGAUGUUCUUACAACAUAGAUCAUGCUUGCGGAGCAAGAAAGCAUGAACAGAAGAUCAAAGACAAUCCUCCGGUUUACCGAACCACUUAUUUCGGUCACCACACUUGCAAAGUCAAUCAAAAUCAAGAUGCUAUUUUCACUGCCGUUCGAGAUCCGGUCAAUGAUUUGGAAAGUGCCCGGAUGAUCCGAUUCGGAGAAGAUAUCGAUCAGGAGAAGGAAAGCCACUCAAGCGGUUUCUCCUUAUCGGUUAAGCAUGAAGAAGACAUCAUAAACAAAGAAACAGUUGAUCAGUGCCGUGAGAUAACCGGUGAUGAUCAAGAUUGUCAACAUGUGAUUGAAGAGAUUAAUCAAUCACCACCGUCAGGUUCUAGUUAUGCUCCUCCGUCGUCAUCUGGCAGUGAAAGUGACAUGUUUGAUUCAGAUCUGUUAGUGGAAAACUUAAAUUUGUGGGAUUUUUAUGAUCAGUUUGACUUUGGAUGGCGCUAGAAUUUCCAGCUACGAGUAUUAAAGAAGGUUUCCUUUUUACGAGAACUGAUAGUUGAGAGUUGCGAGUAUGUAUGUUACUGAAUACUGGUUGAGUAGUUUCUGUCGAGCACAAGUAGAAUAUAUGACGUGAGAUUUGUAACAAAUCAUUUGUUGUUGUUAAAGAAAAUGUAAUGUAUAUACGAAAAUAUUUGGCUAACGUUGGGUAUGAUUCGGCCAAAUUACUGCUGUCAAAUAGUUAUAACUGUCUUUUG